AUGCGCGCAGACAUGGUGCGCCGGGGGUCUGCGCAUUGUGGCCAAGCCGCCCCUGAUCUGUACGACGAGCGGCAGCGCCAGGCUAAAGCUCUGGCGCUGUGGGAGCGGCAAAAGGCGGCGUGGGCACGCAUGCAAGCACACCUCACCUCCGCGAACACCGCGUCGUCGUCGGCUGCUAACAAUGGAUGCCGCCACGAGUCAUCUCCCACGGUUUCGUUUUCGCAUACGUUUGCAGCGGCUGGCACUGGCGGGACUGCUACAGCACGCAACUUCAUUGGAGCGACCACCGCCGCAAGGGCGAAGCGGGAGGACUUCGGCAUGCUCGCCGUGGCGCAGCCCCAGACGGCCAACGACAGCAGCCACGUAUGGGAAGGGUUGCUGCGUUGCACGGACGCGCGAUUGUCGCGGCGGCUGGUCCCGAUUGGUCGCACAUCGUUCCCGUAUCAGCUGUACAGCGAGGCUCGCGACCCGACGACGCUGCCGGAGGAUCACAUGAUUUACACGCGUGUCGUGUCUGAAGAAGACGUGGCGGCCGCACAGAAUGCGACGGCGAGGUCUCACCGCUUCCUCGACUCGACCAUGAAGCGGGUGGAGCAGCGCGCUACAGCACAGAGUCGCGUGCGAGCGGCGAUGAUGGAAGCCGUAGCUGAUGCCUCCGGGGAUGCCACCGAGUCGGAAGUGACAUACAUUGGGCGGCAAGGUGAGAAGGGGAGUGAUGCCGUAUCCUAUUACGAGUCGCAGCUACGCCGCCUUGCCCCGUAUGUGCAAAAGCGGCUUGGCCACUUUCUGCAACCCCGUACCUUCUUGCACGUCGAGGGGCAUCCCGCACCGCGCGCUUCAUCCGAGGAGCUUGAGGCACAGAAGCAUGAGUGGGCUGACGCAAGGCCGUCCUCAGCGCCGCCAGUGGAGUACUUUCCGCCUCCGCCGCAGACGCAGAUGUGGGCAUCCAUCCCCACAUCAACGACACCGAGUCUUAUGACGAACACCCUUCAGCCGGCUGGUGCCGCGCGUAAACAGAAGGGCCCGAAUAGCGUGGCUUCCCGCAGCACGCACUCGUACGGCCCCAGCGUCCCGGAGCAUUCAAAAGACCGAAGCUAUAGAGCCGAUGGGGAGAAAACCUUUGCGGAGGAGAUCAACAGCAUGACCGAGUGUCUGCCCUGUGGCAGUGUGUGCACCGCUACCCCGUCUGAGCUGCCGUGCGACACCUCUGUCGGUUCGAUCGACGCCGACGUACACGAAAAGCGUGCGCGAAAGACGCAGGCGACACCCCCUUCUCCGCACCAUCCGCUGCAGGUGGCCAAGCGCGGUAUCUCACAGCGCCACCAGCAGAGUCCCACGGAGGCUGGCACGGAACACGGAGACAACAUGCAGUCUUCUGGCCCAGCGAUGGAAAUGUCCACGCGCAGCCUGUUCUUCCAGACGCGCCCACACGAGCUGCUGCAGGGCACCGUGGCGCUGUGUAACACCGGGACGACAACCAUCUACUUCAGCUGGGUACCGGUGGACGCCGUCGAAGAGCAACUUAGGCAGCUCGACCAAGACUCUGGAGCCGCCGCCGCGGCUGAUAACACGGCGACUAAGGGCGAAGAAGUGAGGGAGGAAGGCGCGAGCGAAGAGCGCCGGCAAAUGCUGAGUGACGGAGAUGGAACCGCCGCCAUGAGAAUCACGCACUCCCUCGCCGUCCAUCAGCGUACUGCACGCGACAUCUUCUUUCUUUCCUCCCCGACGAACGGCGUUGUCCUGCCGGGCGAAGAAGGCAUCUUCGCCUUUUCGGUGCGCGCGAAUCGUGCCGGCCUCUUCCAGCACACGUACGAGCUGCUUACGGUGCCACCAGCGCCGGAGCGCAUCUUUGUUUUUCUGCGCGCGCUCGUCCAGAGCGACGGCCCGUCGCUUGAGUGGCUUGCCGCGCCGGUGGCAGAGGCCAUCGAAGCCAAGGUGGCUCUCGAUGCACAGCGUCGACUUGUGCAGAGGAUCAGCAUGAACGUGGACGCCAUCGAGGGCUCUGCCUUGUCGACGCACAUCAAAACGCUGGAUGGGGCAGCCGAGGCCGCCACGGCAGCCGAGCGGAAGCGCCGACGGGCGCAGAAGGACGCCUGGAACUUGGCGAACCGGUUCACCUUCGAUCACAUCCCCUACGCAGCUGCCGUGUACGACAAGCUGGUGCGACUGUACACAGUGGUGCAAGAGACCUGCCGAACGUUGGGUCGCACACAGAAUGCCAAGACGGGCGCAGCCCUGGAAAAUGCGGCUGUUGCCACGGCAGCAGCGGCCCUGGACGCGCGUACGAAGUCUUUAACAUCCCAUGCGGCUCUGCCAGCUCCGGCGCCACCACCCCAACUGGAACCUGCAUCACCGACGGCGGAUAUCGUGGCGACCCCCUCGGGCCCGGCAGAAUGGGAUGGCUCCUUGCUCCUGUUGAUGAAGCAGAUGAUGGCAGUGCGCGAUGCACCAACGCGGCAGACAUUCUUCGAGGCCUUUCUCAUCCUCCUCCGCGCGGCUCGAGCGUCGCGGCAGUGCAGCAGCUGCAGUGGGAGCAGCGAGGAUGUGGAGGAAGAGACGCUGCCGCUGCCGGUGCUCCUGGCGAGAGCCGCCACGGCCCUCGCCGACAGCGUGAGGGGCCGUCGUGCCGCGAUGCUGGAAAGGGAGUGUGAAGAUAUGGUCGCGCAGAAGCUGGCCCCCACUGCGACGCCCUUCAUGCAGGCCUUCGCUGCAGCCAGCGGUACCUCUAUUACGAGAGAGAUGGUCGGCGAGGCCGCUGGUGGCUCGCAGAGCGUCAAUAACCGAAAGAGGAAUGUCUCAACUCGAGGCAGGAGUGGAGAGACCGCGGUCGGCGAUAGCGUCGCUCGCGCGGGCGGUGCCGACGCCUCUGCAGUUUGCGUCGCUGAAACGACAAAGGCGCAGCGUGUCGUGUUGGACUCAAUCCCUGCCGAGGAGCUGCUAGGCUUCAGCGCCAUCCAGCCCACUCCGAAAGCCGUGGCGGCGCUCGAAACAGCGGAGAAGGCGGCGGUGCGCGCUCAGCGAGAGUCGGAGCUGGCGGCAGAGCGGAGUGCAUGGGUUGAGCUGUAUACGGCGGCAUUUCUCGAAGUGGUCGACGCGGCGUGCGACCGGGGUCCGCUCUCGGGGUGCACUGCGGCGCGCCUGGCUGAGCUAGAAGACAUCCAAACUAGCGUGUUGCUGCCCAUUGACCUGAGCGCUGAUCCGAUCAUUCCGCUCACAACGGGCAAGGGUGGAAAACGCAAGUAG